GAAGAAGAAGAUUGUCAACAAUUCUUGCCAUCUCCUCCAAUCCAAUAAAAAGGAGAGCAAUGAAAGGUAAAGAUUCUCUACAAAAUGAUGAGGAGGAGGCUUCUUCCUCUAUGGCUUUUAACAAGUUGGAUAAAAGCUUAUACGCCCCCAGUUGGUUAGCAGAAAGACAAGUAGCUAUAUGUGCGUUAUGUUUGGCUUGUAAGCUCAGUUCCAAGUUACAAAAACGAUUAGUACAAGAAUCGGUCAUCACCAAGUCAGACAAUAGUCCUGUCAGUAUUGCAGAUUUUGCAGUUCAGGCACUCGUGAUUCACUGGAUCACCCGUGCUUUUCCCAACGACCAUUUUAUUGCAGAAGAAGACUCCACUGCUUUGAGAAAAGAUGAAAAGCUCUUAAAAGAUGUUACAGACGCUGUUAACUCCGUUCUUUCCAUCGACGAGCAACUAACGGAUUCAGAGGUUUGUGACUUGUUGGACUUGGGUAACCGUCAUAUGGGUACAAACGAACGUACCUGGUUGUUGGACCCUAUCGACGGCACCAAAGGCUUUCUUAGAGGUGACCAAUAUUGUAUAGCGCUUGCGCUUUUGAAGGAUGGUGCUAUUCGAGUAGGUAUUCUUGGUUGUCCCAAUUUGCCGUUGGCUUCAGUACCACCUAAUAGCCAUAAAGUUGGAUGUAUUUUUCAUGCUGCACAAGGUGUUGGAGCUUUUGUCCAAGAAAUAGAACGUGGAGCUGAAAGUUAUCCCAUUCGAGUGUCUGAUGUGAGUGACCCUGCUUGGGCAACUUUUUGUGAGUCAUGGGAACCUGGGCAUUCUUCUCAUGAGUUGUCAUUAGAAAUUGCCAAGAUACUCGGUGUAAAUAACCCUUCUGUUCGUAUGGAUAGUCAAUGCAAGUAUGGUGUUGUGGCAAGAGGGGAAGCUUCGAUUUACUUUCGGUUUCCAAAGGAAGGCUAUCAAGAAAAUGUGUGGGAUCAUGCAGCUGGUUCGAUCAUUAUUCGCGAAGCUGGUGGAAUGGUGACAGAUGGCUUUGGACAAGUCUUGGAUUUCUCCAAAGGACAUUACAUAAUGCAGUGUUAAAUGUUGUCAAACAUGUUCUUCAAUUAUA